AUGGCUGUGUGGGAAGAAUACUGCCAACAGAUCAAGACCUUACUGCUGACGAUCACAUUUGUCUUCUGUCUAUUGAAUGCAGUGAGUGGCCUGCGGUGCUAUCAGUGUGUUGGGAUGUUCCAUGAAUGUGUCCAGUCGGAGCAAUUGUGUGCACCAAGGGAUCGGUCCUGCUUCUCCUCCACCAUCAAACUUUUCUAUUCAAACAACUAUACAGGAAUAUUUUUGCUUCCAGAUUUAGAGAUUGCUGAGUACGUGAUGAAAGGCUGUUCAGGCGAAAGUGUAUCCAAUCGCACAGCUAACGUCUAUUCAGAAGAUGAUCAUGAAGUACACAACACCUAUUACUGUGACUCUAACUUCUGCAAUAUCCGGUUCACAGGCGCUCCAGCCAGCCCCACCCAAGCAGCCAAUGGCAUGGAGUGCUACAGCUGUUUUGAUCGGGGCACAGGCGACUGUGCUGAAGGAAAUGCUACUCGGGUCAAAUGUUUGGGAGAUAUGAAUCAGUGCAUGGAUUUUACUGUGAUCAAUGGCGCCUGGAAAAUGACGUACCGGACAUGUGCCUUGGAAACCUUGUGCCGCCGGCAAUAUAUGAUGCCAGAACUCCCAGGGAGACUGGAGAUCAGCUGCUGUUCUACUCCUCUCUGUAACGAUGGGCGACCUGGCCUUAAAAGCAUCUGCAGCCACUUCUCAGAGCAAGGAGUGAAGAAGCAGCCUGAGAAUGGCUUGGAAUGUGCCAGUUGCUGUGAUUCAGGCCAAGGUGAAUGUACUCAUGGAAACUGGACUCACGUCAAGUGUGUUGGGGAGCAGACCAAGUGUGUGAAUGUUACAGAGAAAGGUCAAACAUUACUGCGUGGCUGUAGCUUGGAGAAGCUUUGUUGGGAGAAACCACAGUUGCUGGGACUGGACCGAAAUUCUGCUAUCAACUGCUGCUCCAGCCCUCUCUGCAACAGAAGCAUUUUGGAGAACUCCGUAGCUCUAGUACCUUUUGCAGGAAAUAGUUUUGGAGAAGACAAAUGCACCCACGAGUCCAUCUCGGCCGAAGACUUUCUUCCCAAUGCUCCAGAUUUUGGAACUGGCAUAAGAAUGUGGAAUCCAAAGAUGAAUAACUUGAGGACCAAGAACUUGGACGCCAUUUUCUGCUUCAAUUGUACCAGUACAGAAGGUUAUAACUGCAGCACAGCUCAGCAGAAAUGUCCACUUACGGUCAACAGCUGUAUCACCAUCGCCCGGGAUGAGGACACAGGGACACAAGACAUAGAAAACCCAGUUUACGAGAAGAAGUGCAACUCUGACGACCGAUUGUGCAACCAGUUUUAUGGGUUGAUGGCAGGGGAUUUUCGCAUGCGGUGGAAUUCCAGCUGCUGCCGUGCUGACCGCUGCAACAUUGAGGAAAUAACGGGCUCCUGGAGAGUUCAAAAAGCAUCUCAGAAUCGGAAUGGAGUCCAUUGCAAUUCAUGCUUUGCCCAUGGCACAGAUUUGUGUCUCAACAAGACCGAGAUGGCCUGCACAGGCCUCAUGACCCACUGCAUCCACUUUGCCACCCGUGCCAAGAAAGCUGUUCGGCGGAGCGCCAAACAGCUGAGCCGGCAAAUCCGCAAGUUCGGCCAGCUGAAGAUCUUGCCCCUUCCCCCCUCCCAUUAG